AAAGACACGUUGAAGAAGACAAUGAGAAACUCACAACCAUAAUUUGCUGCUCAUCAUCAUUUCUAAUUAUAUUUAAAAAUGAAUAAUAUGGCUUCUUUCUUCAAUGGAGAAUCUGAUAUGAGAGAUCAACCCUCUUCUGAUCUUUUUAUGAUGAAUUUGAAUCCAUUCACCGAGCCGACAACAACCACUAAUGGUCAUAACCAUCACUUCUACAACUUGUGUUUUGUGUCUCAACAACAUGGACCGCGAGAUGAAGUAGAUCAUUUAGAACAAGGAAACUCUUCUAUCUCUACGUUUUCAAACCAAGAGUUAGUCUUUAAGGCUUUGGCUCCUAUCUACUUGAGGGCUGCUCAAGAACUGCUGAAUGAGAUUGUAAAUCUUGGAAACGGUAGCCAUGGCGCGAAACAGAAGCAACCAAUGAGUAAAGAGUCCGGGAUUUAUGGAAAUGGGGGCAUCCUUGGUGGCCAUAAGCCCGGCGUGGCUGGCUAUCGCCAAGAGUUGGAGAUAAAGAAAGCAAAGCUCAUCUCCAUGGUUGAAAAGGUUGAACAGAGAUACAAGCAAUACCAAGACCAAAUGCAGACUAUAAUCUCAUCGUUUGAGCAAGCCGCGGGUUUAGGCUCAGCGAACGCAUACACAAAUAUGGCGUUACAAACAAUAUCAAAGAAGUUCCGUGUCGUAAAAGACAUGAUAUGUUUGCAAAUCAAACACAUAAACAAGCUGUUGGGAAAAAAAGAAUGUGAUGAUGAGAAGCUUAAGCAGUUGGAGAAGAUGGCAGAUCGCCAUACAAAUGCUUGGAGACCGCAAAGAGGUUUGCCCGAAAAAGCUGUUUCCGUACUACGUUCUUGGCUCUUUGAGCAUUUUCUUCAUCCAUAUCCAAGGGAUUUGGAUAAGGUAAUGCUUGCUAAACAGACUGGACUUACUAAGAGUCAGGUGUCAAAUUGGUUCAUAAAUGCUCGAGUUCGAGUGUGGAAGCCAAUGGUGGAGGAAUUGUAUAUGGAAGAAAUGGAUAUUGAAGAAAGCAAAAAAGGAAAUAACCCGAAUGAAAACAGUACCAAGGCUUCAUCUUCUAAGCAACCUUACAAUAAUACUACUUCAGAUGAAUCCUCCAACUCGAUCCUACCCGUCUUUUAUCAAAGAUUCAAUGAAAAUGAAACCCCUAUGCAAAAUUCAUCAUCAAGUUACAGCAUAGGGAGGUUCAAGAAGCAUCACAUGAAUCAAGAUAACUUCAUCCAUUUCCAUGGAGGGUUUGAAAACUAUCACACAAUGGUUGGAAAUGGUGUCUCCCUUUCUCUUGGCCUGCCUCAUUCUUGUGACCAAACCUUUAACAACAUUCAGUUUGGAUCGACAAGUCAAGGAACUGAGAUCUCGGGGAUAUAUCCCUCUUCAGCUUAUCAAAUCAUGGAUUAAGAACUAAUUAAUAGGGAUGAUAUUGUUUUCAGCUUGUUGCUUAUGUAUAUUUUGUGUAUAGCCUUGGCCUUUGGAUGGUUUCGAAAAAUGGAUGUGUGUAAGAUAGAUAGAGAGGAGAUGAUUUAAGUAUAGGGGUUUGAUAAGAAAAAAUGUAAAUGACUAUAGUAAUAUAAAGAAACUAGGUCUAGUAUGGUUUCUACAGUCAGGUUUUAGUGAGUAUUGUUAUGGAGAUGUUGAUCAAAACGGUGAUCACGAUGGCGUAACAACGAAUGCUUGAACAGA